ACCCUGAGGCUAAGCACAGACCAAGGAAAUCAUCCUAGUGCGCCCGGGACCACACACGCGCCCAUCACCACCAGCUCCGGUCACCGCUGGCCGGUACAGCAUAAUUUCUUCACCUGCAGAGAGGACGGACACCGCAGAAGCUACAGGAAGCACCGGAGUCCCUCUAAAAAGAUACAAAUCUGCCCGUGAAAACAUGCGAGAUAAAGGAGUUCUAGAGGAGUAUAUGAAGACUCACAAAAGAGACCCUGGACUUAAAUACCACUUCAACCAAAACUUUGAUUUUGCUGUAGCCUAUGAGCCCAUGUACAUGGAUACAUAUUAUUAUGGAGAAAUCAGCAUAGGAACACCACCACAAAACUUCUUGGUUCUAUUCGACACAGGAUCUUCCAACCUUUGGGUUCCAUCAGCAUCCUGUCAAAGUGCAGCUUGUGGCAACCACAAUGUUUUUAACCCCAGCCAGUCAUCAACCUACACAUCUAAUGGACAACAGUUCACUAUGUCUUAUGGUAGUGGCAGCGUCAGUGGUAUCUUUGGCUAUGACACAGUUACUGUUCAAGGACUAUCUAUCACUAACCAGGAAUUUGGACUGACCUAUUCAGAAAGUGGCAGCAGUUUCUACUACUCUAAAUUUGAUGGAAUCUUUGGAAUGGCAUACCCUGCCAUGUCUGCAGGGGGUGCCACUACAGCUAUGCAAGGAAUGUUGCAACAGAAUCUGCUUAACAACCCAAUCUUUAGUGUCUACAUGGGCAGUCAACAAGGUGAAGUGAUCUUCGGUGGGGUUGAUAACAGCUUGUAUUCUGGACAAAUUCUUUGGGCUCCCGUCACACAAGAAGUUUACUGGCAAAUUGGAAUUCAAGAGUUCGCAAUAAACGGACAAGCAACAGGAUGGUGUAGUCAAGGUUGUCAGGCUAUUGUGGAUACAGGAACUUCUCCAUUAACAGUUCCCCAACAGUAUAUGGGCAGUCUGCUCCAAUAUCUUGGAGCCCAGCAAGGACAGAAUGGACAGUUCCUGGUCAAUUGUAAUAAUGUGCAGAACCUGCCACCUAUCAGCUUCACCAUAAAUGGAAACCAGUUUCCUAUUCCACCCUCUCAAUACAUAAUCCAGAAUAAUGGUUACUGUACAGUUGGUGUUGAGGAAACCUACCUCCCAUCUCAAAAUGGUCAGCCCCUGUGGAUCUUGGGAGAUGUAUUCCUGAGGCAGUACUACUCUGUCUAUGACAUGAGCAACAAUAGGGUGGGCUUUGCUCAAGCAGCAUAAAACUAUCACCUUUCAGAGGAAAAAUCUACAGUAACUUACCAUCCAUCAACAAAUUGUACAACAACCACAACUGCA